CUUUUUUGAAGAAGCUGAAAAUCGUGAAAAUGACAAAGCUUUUAGUAUUUGUUUGAUAUAUUUUAAUUUUUUUCCUUCGCUUUUUUAUCGUUUCUAUCUCUUAAUUUUUUGCAUAUUAUGAACACUUCAUCUUUUCAAGCUUAUGAUGGCAUCAAAUUUAUCUAUAAACUGAUCACUACUGUCUUCUUUCGAGAAAUUAAAGUCAGGUAAUAACAGUGUACAAUCCUACAAAUAUAGAAUGAAGCGUAUCUUGAAUACCAAUUUUAUCCGAUAGUGGAGCUCAAUAUAUACCUCAAAACGAUCCAUGCAUCUUCAUUGUUGCGCCCCAUGCCAAUCAGUAAGUUCUCGGAACGUAUAAGAAACCAACUUUGCGAAUUGACAGCUUAAGCAAUGCUAUUAUUUGACAUAAUUGCAGGUUUGUGGAUCCGGGAAUGGUGAUGAUAUCAUCCCCACGCUAUGCCUCGCCUUUAAUGGCAGAAUCUUCUUUUAAGCGUAAAAUAAUAGGAUGGGGCGCCAGGGCUCUGAAAGCCAUACCCGUUAUCCGUCCACAAGAUCUAGCUUCAGAAGGCGUUGGUAAAUUGAUUGUCAAAGCAGAUGAUAAAUUUACUUUAUAUGGAGAAGGCACACAAUUCAAACGGCAAGUCGCACCACGAGAUACCAUUGUUAUAUCAAAAUCCAGAUCCAUUUCUUACCAAAUAGAGCAAGUUAUAUCAGAUACUGAGAUCAAAUUGAAACAAGAGUUAAGCCAAGAAGCCAUUAACUUUAUCACCCACGCCAACAGUAGUAGCCCCUCAAAGCAGAUUAAACCUUAUAAAAUCAUACCUCAUGUGGAUCAGAGUGUUUUAUAUGAAAAAGUGACUGAAAGACUGACGAAAGGUGAAUCCAUAGUUAUUUUCCCAGAAGGUGGUAGCCAUGACAGAUUAGAAAUGUUACCGUUAAAAGCCGGAUUUGCCAUCAUGGCCCUAAAUGCUGUGGCCAAGAACGAACAUUUGAAUGUUAAAAUUGUACCCGUGGGGCUGAAUUACUUCCACCCUCAUCGCUUCCGGUCUCGAGCUGUCGUCUCCUACGGUGCGCCCAUUUCUGUUUCUCCCAACCUUGUCGAGGCUUACCAACGAGGAGGAGCAGACAAACGGGCAGCCAUUGCUAGCUUGUUGGAUGAAGGUUAUGAGGCACUUAAAAGUGUUACAGUGAAUGCCCCAGAUUAUGACAGACUGAUGAUCAUUGCUACGGCUCGCCGAUUAUACAAACCUGCAGAUGAACAUAAAUUAACUAUCGAUCAAGUUGUAGAACUGAACCGCCGAUUUUUAUUGGGAUAUACGUUUUUCGAAAAGGAUCCUCGCCUCGUUGAACUAGCACGAUGCAUUCAGGCCUACAAUAAUACACUCAAAUAUUUUGGAUUGCGUGAUUAUCAGAUAGCUAAAAGCACCUCAAUUGCAUAUAAUGAUGAUAUGACAGUUUAUUCAGCCUCACUUAUAUUGCUAUCGCGCGUUAUGAAGCUGCUAUUUUUGGCUAUUUUUGGCUUUCCUGCCUUAUUGAUCAACUCCCCUAUCAUCAUACUGUCUUUGAUAAUCAGUCAGAAAAAGCAGAAAGAAGCACUUGCCGGGUCUUCUGUCAAAAUUGCCGCACGUGACGUAUUAGCCACCUGGAAGAUAUUAGUGGCUGUCGUUGGUAUACCUUCUCUCUAUGGCUUCUAUUCCGUUUUAUUAUUUGCCUAUCUCUAUGUACACGAAUACAGCCAUGCCUUCUCUUUAUCCUUGUUAGUCUGGGUCCUAUUACCGUUUGUCCAAUAUAUGUGCGUAUUACUUUUAGAGAACAGCAUUGAUAUAUACAAGUCAUUGUACCCUCUGUUCCUAUCCUUAUUUAACCCUGAUGGGUUAAAUACAGUACGUAAAAUGAGAGAAAACCUCUCGGAAACGAUUACUAAAUUUAUAGAUGAGAAUGGAUCGAUUGCUUUAAAGGAUUUCGACAAGAACAAAUUUGAUAAGCUUGAAUUACAUGAGAAGGUCAAAUCCAGGAAAUUGAUGAAGGAUAUGGAAGAGCCUGCGACCAAAGGAUUACUACGAAGAUGGUUUGAUGACAAAUAUCUUUUCUUCAGUUCUAAAAGAAGAAGAUAUAGCUAUGAAGAUAAUGGCAGCAGCAGCAGCGAUAUUAAUAGUGGCAGUAGUAGUAGUGAUAGUGAAACUAAUUUUUGAAUUGUAACACAAAACUGAGGCACUUUUUUUUUUUUUUUCAUUUGUUCUUUGUACUUUUU